GUCAUAACAAUAAUUCUCACCGAUAGAAACGAUCUUGUAAUUGAUUCCAAUCAGUUGUUGGAUAAAGGAAAAUCUUAUUUAAGAAUUUUACGCGUUAUAUUCCGCAGUAUCUUUAAGUAUGAGCGCAAGGCUAGUAUCUUCCCUAAAUUUACGUCCAAGCACCCGAACCAAAUUACAAAAAGCCGGCUUUCAAACAGUUAAAGACUUGCAAGAAACUACUCCAAUAGAAUUGAGUAAAGAAAUCGGGAUAUCAAACAAUGAAGCAUUAAAUAUAUUACAACAAAUUAAAAAAAAUAAAGUUACAUCAAUAUCUGCUUCAGAAGCACUACAACAAGAACGUAAACUAUGUCCCAUAUCUACUUCAUGUGAAGCCAUGGACCAAAUGCUUGGUGGGCGGGGAGUUCCCGUAGGGAAAAUAACUGAAUUUUGUGGUGCUCCUGGUAUGGGUAAAACACAACUAGGGAUGCAACUAUGCGUUAAUGUCCAAAUACCACAAAAUUUAUCUGGUCCGGAAGGCGAAGCGAUAUUUAUAGAUACGGAAGGUAGUUUUAUCGCUCAGCGUGCUGCUGAAAUCGCAAGAGCUACGAUAAAUAAACUAAACGAAAAUAGUGUGACUGAAUGUGAUCCACCCAUGAAUUUCGAUAUCGUUAUGUCAAAAAUUUACGUGUCUAAAGUUCAUAAUUGUGAUGAGUUAAUCGCACUUAUAAAAGUUCUAGACGAAUUUUUACAGGAACAUCCACGAGUAAAACUUCUUGUUAUUGAUUCGAUUGCAUUUCAUUUUCGUCAACAAUUCGAUGAUAUGGCGCUUCGAACGCGGCUGUUAAACGGAUUAGCUCAGGAUUUGAAUAAAUUUGCUCAAUCAUAUGAGCUCGCAGUUGUUUUAUUUAAUCAAAUGACUACUAAAUUUAUAAUAUCUGGAAAAUAUAAUCUCAAAGAUCAGGCUGCUUUAGUCCCCGCAUUAGGUGAAAGUUGGGGUCAUCAAUGUACAAAUCGUAUAGUACUUUAUUGGCGCAAUGAAAUUCGUUGUGCACAACUUGUCAAGUCUCCGAGCUUACAAGAAACUACCGUACAUUAUCAAAUUAAUUCGACCGGUGUUCGUGAUUAUCAAGCAGACUCUCUUAACAGCAAAAGAAGAUGGGAAGAAUUAUAUGAUAUUUGAUAUAAAUAGCAAUUAUAAAAUAUUUGUCAAUAUAAUUAAUACAUACAUACAUGAGUUCGUUCCAAGUAAAAUUUUACUUAUUCUUGAUUAACCAGAAAAUUUACGCAGUUAC